UCUCACAAUGGAAGGAUACCUCGAUAUCUGAUAAUACUUCAAAUUACGAUGUAUCCGAUAACGCUCCAAAUCCUGAUGUAUCUAGUAACGCUUCAAAUUUUGAUGUAUACCAGGAUACGAAGACUCAGCCGGAGGCUAAAUCGCCAGAAGACUCUCAGAGUGAGGAUGCUAAUGCAUCUAAAGUGAUCGAUGAAUUCCUGGACGAGGUACAUAAGAAAAGGGUUGGCGAUUCGAUCAGGCAGAGAAAACAUGAGGAGAAACUUCAGGAUCAAAAUCCAGACAUAUCUUCAAUUCAAGUAGAAAAACUAUUUGUUCGGGAAAUGAUCAAACUGAAAUAUCUGAAUUAG